AUGGAUACCUUUAUGACGUUUAUCAAUGGGUCCCACUCUUCAAAGAAGUUUGGAACGGCUACCGAAGACCCAAUCAUUGCCGGGAUGGCCAAAUACAACAACACCAAUGAUAAGACGCCUCUGAGUAGUACCAGUGUCUCCAUCUGUGGGCAGCUUUUCGAGACAGAGGCAGACGAAGUACUCAGUGAGUUUUUAAACCCACAGUUCUUAAAGCAAGAAGACCAGGGCGACUAUGAAACGCCCAGCGAUCCCAAGCUAAGUACCAGCGGAACUAAGAUGGAAACAAGUGGCACUCCCGACUCUGUUUGCACGCAGACUACUGAAACUAUGAGGGUUUUGCCCAAUACUCCCACACCUAGUGCACCGUCCCCAACCACUGUUGCCUUCAAUGAGCAGCUCAAGAUGUUUGAAGACUCAAAGGAGGAAUUGAUGAAUAUUAAGUUUGGGCUUAAUAACGAGGCCAAAUACAUUCACCACUCCAAUGUCGGGCUCCAAUACACAACCUUACCUGUAACAGAACACCCUGAAGACCCUGAUGUAACUGCCACAUAUUUGCCCAUGGAAUAUACGGAAGCGUUCCUAAGGGACUCUUCAGAGUUCCCAUACAAAAUGUCCAUUGCUGACCUACCUGCACAAUCCAGAGUUGAAACCCAGAUAAAGCUCGAGCUUUCUGUCUCUCCUCCACCUAAACAGUUUUUGUUGCAUCUGCCGAGGGACACCAUCACAAAGCCAAAAUUCACAUUGGCGGAAAAUACGCUUCCUGAAUCUAUCAAAAAACACCUCCUUUAUUUGGAGAUGUUUGUGAUUGGAUCCGAAAGUAUAUCUUCCAAGGAUGGCAGACUGAAGAGUUGCAAUGUUUGUAAACGGUGUAUGAGAAGAGAAUUGAAACGGGCAUCUAGGAGGAAAGCCGGUUUGGUUGAUGAUUCUUCAAACUGGGAUCUUAACUUGCCUAAGAGAGCAUUGAUAAUAAACAGUAAAGAAAUUGUUUCUUUCCCCUCCCCCAGUGGUAAUGAGGUUGCUCGAAAGUUGGAGCUGCUAUCUAGAAUUGUCUGUUAUUGCAGGCACCAUCAAGAGUUAGAUGGCUUUAGGAUUGCGAUUUUUUUGAAAAAUGAACAAGAUGAAAUCAUAGGAAAAUGUCAUACAACACCUAUUUUGAUUAUGGAUAGGAAGAAAUCUUCAAAAUCUAGCAACUCAAACAAUACCGGUGCUCUCGUCUCCAACAAAGAACAUCUUUCAGCUUCAAAGAACUCAAUCACCAUUUCACAGGAGUCGUCAAGUGAAUUUAGUAUGGCAACGUCCAUAUCUUCUACGAAAUUGAAUCCUAAACUAGUGACAAAACCUUUGGAAACUGAUAUAAUGAUGGCGCGUGAUAGCAGCAACAGCUCAAUGGGUGUCCCUAAAACCAACAUUAUGAGUAUUUUGUCUUUAAAGGAUGGGAAGAAUAACACCCAUGGAAAUAAGCCUCCAAAAACUGGAAGGGGAAUGUUUUCUUCCAUCUUCUCCUUUGACCCUUCCAACUUAUUGGGCGAUGAAUCUUCAAGGCAAACUAAAAGACAAAAGAGAUUGUGGUCACAGUCCGAUUCUGGAAGCUAUCACGAUUCUAUUAACCAACAAAGGUAUCACUCGCAAUCUGAAGCAAACAAAGGCAAUGUACAAGAUACCCCGGCUAUGAAUAGCGGGCAUAUCAUGCAAAUCAAAAAAGAGGCCAUUUCGCCUCUUAGCUCAGAUGCUGUAUCACCGCAUAACCACAUGCUGUCAUCGGCAACUAGCAUAUUUUCAGCUACGCCUGAAAGGAGGAUAUAUGAGGGGCAGAAGAUGAACCUAACAUCGUCUUUCAACGAUGAGUUAGCAAUGAAUGUUGAAAAUAUUGAUAAUAUUGGUUCCAAUAGUGGUGUUUUAGACUUGAAUGGUUUGGAUCUUGACGUUGACAUGGAAAUGAAUGUGAAUCUUAAUCUUGGUGAACCAGUUCCAACAAUUCGAAAAAUUAUACCUGCACAGGGUUCCAUCAGAGGUGGUAUUGAAGUCACGCUUUUGGGUUCCAACUUUAAGCCGGGAUUAGAAGUGAAAUUUGGUAGUAACAUUUCUCUAGCUACGCAAUGUUGGUCUGAUUCCACUAUUGUUACGUAUUUACCUCCUGCACCACAAGCAGGGCCAGUACUAGUGACUUUUGAUUCUUCUGACAUUGCUGCCAAUAAUUCAGUUCCGCAUCAAAUAUUUACCUACACCGAUGAUACUGAUAAGCAACUAAUCGAGUUGGCACUCCAGAUCGUCGGUCUUAAGAUGAAUGGAAAAUUAGAGGAUGCCAAGAAUAUUGCUAAAAGAAUUGUUGGCAAUAAUCAGAUGGACGAUCCAUCAUCAACCUCAUUUGGUCAAGGUGACCAAUCCAAUUCUUCAUCUACGUCCAACCAAUUGAACCAACAACUACAGUUGAAUUGGAUGGUGGUUGCUUCGAACAAAAUUAAAGAAUUAUCAACGUCUACGUUAAACCAUGAGGACAUUCUAAUCAAAUUCUUGAAUAUCCUUCAGAUCCCAAAUUACAUUAUAACGAGUCCUAACUGGGGAGUCUGCAAUUCUGAGGGGCAAACUAUGCUCCAUUUGGCAUGUUUGAAAAAUUAUUCCAAGCUAACUAAUUUUCUUUUGAAAAGUGGCUCUAGAGUUGAUUAUAGGGACAAGAAUGGGUUUACGCCUGUGCACUUUGCCUUUAUUCCAGGAAACAGAAAGAUCAUCACGAUGCUGAUGAAAUACAACGCCAAUGUCUCCAAUAAACUUGAUAAUGGUAUUUUGUUGAGUAGCAUUGCCGACUCUAAUGUUCUUGAUUUGAUUGACGGACACGUUGACGUGAGUAGGAGGUCGUCAGACUCGACCUCUUACGAAGACCUUGAAAUCGAUGAUACGUUUGAUGACGAAAUGGAGGCUUGUGGUAUGGAUGAAAUUGGGUUCAAUAGUGCAUACAAAUCGAGCUCUAAAACGCAUUAUACAUCUUCGUAUCGUAACAGGAAAUCACAGUAUGCAAGAAAGAAACGUGUGGAUGAUUCUGAAGCAGAUGAUGAGGAAGAAGAUGUUGAUCUGGACAUGGAUUUGGACGGUUCCGACGCUAGUACCGACAAAUCAUCGUCAGGCACUAGCUCUAUUAAAUCAUUGGAUCGAAAGAAAAACACCAACUCUUUUGGUUUAAACUUAUGGAUUGCAAUGAGGGAAGCAAUAACUAGUAAGGUCAUUGAGUUGAGUGAUGGUCAACAUAAACAUGGUGGCAGGAAACAUUCACGUCCAAUUCAUGGUACAAAUGUUGAAACGAGCCAACAUCUCGACAAAACUAAUGAAGCAAAUGAUAAUGAUGGUGAGGAGGGAGAUGCAUUACCGACGUACGACGAUUUGUUUCCUAACGGUGCUUCUCUAAGAGCAUUUAUCAAUUUCCGGGGACACACUGAUGGUGAAGAUGAUGAAAAGCUAUCCAAAACCAACAGAAGUGCAGAACUAGAGGAAGAUGUUGGAGAUAGUGAUGUGGAUAUAAUCGCAAAAAAGAUGCACACAUCCAUCACCUCAGACACCAAGCUUAUGUUCUUUUGGUUGCCAUUUAUGCUUUUACUAUUAUUGGUUGUUAUUGGUGUGAAGAUGAAUAUGAUUUCUUUGAACAGUUUACAGUUGAUAAAGAUUAGAGAAAGUGUCGGAUCCUUUAUGCUUGGUAAGGAUCGGUUCACCAACUUACUAAACGAAAACAUCAACUACGGACGUGAACGGAUGGAGAAUUUACUGCACGAUGUCAAUGGUGUAGUAAAAACAGCAGUUUCUGGUGUGGGGAGAUAA